GUGAGAGGAUCCUGGGCUACGCGGAGGAGCCGUGCUACCUCUGGUUCGUCAUGGAGUUCUGUGAAGGAGGAGACCUCAACCAGUACAUCCUGUCACGAAGACCUGACCCAGCAACCAACAAGAGCUUCAUGCUGCAGCUGACCAGUGCCAUCGCCUUCCUGCACAAGAACCACAUCGUCCACCGGGACCUGAAACCAGACAACAUCCUGAUCACCGAGAAGUCCGGCACCCCCGUGCUCAAGGUGGCCGACUUUGGGCUGAGCAAGGUCUGUGCUGGCCUGACUGCUCGAGGCAAGGAGGGUGGCAAGGAGAACAAAAAUGUGAAUGUGAACAAGUACUGGCUGUCCUCGGCUUGUGGCUCUGAUUUCUACAUGGCACCCGAGGUGUGGGAGGGACACUACACUGCCAAGGCUGACAUCUUUGCCCUCGGCAUCAUCAUCUGGGCCAUGAUUGAGAGGAUCACGUUCAUCGAUGCUGAGACCAAGAGGGAGCUGCUGGGGACCUACAUCAAGCAAGGGACUGAGAUUGUGCCCGUUGGGGAAGCGCUGCUAGAAAACCCAAAGAUGGAGCUGCACAUCCCUCAGAAACGCAGGACUUCCAUGUCUGAGGGGAUCAAGCAGCUCUUGAAAGACAUGUUGGCUGCUAACCCGCAGGAUCGACCUGAUGCCUUUGAGCUUGAAACCAGGAUGGACCAGGUUACUUGUGCUGCUUGA